AUGCCCGACGGAAGCUCCUCCUCGGCCGUGGCCUGCUUGGUCGUGACGACCUCGGGCCGCAUUCUCCUGCUGUGGGAUCAGGACGACACGCUGCCCUUCCGGUACCCGCAGCUCGCCAUGCUGCUCGCCAGCCUCUUCCACUUCUCGCAGGCACAGUCGUUCGGCCACCUCGAGCUACAGAACGGCUUUACCGUCGUGGUGUCCUCGGACGUGGCCGCUCAGAUCUCGGUCGCUGUGAUCUGCGCCACACCGCCAACAACGUCAUGCAAUGGAAACGCCUUCCCCACCGAAGUUCUGCCACUGCAGCUCGCACAACUGAAGAGCUUGAUCAUCCUACAGGAGUUUGCUCGAAGCUAUCGAUCCGACAUCGAGCGUUACACGUUGACGAGCGCUUUGGGCGGGUUUGACGGCUGUGAAGGCACCUUGGACGAGUUCGUCGCCUUCCAGACUGACUUCGUCGGUUUGGUAAUGGAGAUUAGCGCUCGGGGCAUCCAGAACUCGCUCCUGUGCUGGGAUCACGAGGCAGCAGCUUCCUUGGCAGAAAUCUCCUCAACCAUCUCCUUGGCUCGGGGGUUCCUCAUGAACGCUGAGACUGGAGACACAGUGUACUCGACGCAAUCUGGCUCGGAUGGGAGCUUCUUCGGCCAAGACGCAGCAUCCCGACGGCUGCACCACCUUCACAAGAGCGCGAGGGUUCAACAGUCGAUCAAGCACGUCGCUAAAGCGCUUCACGAGUGUGCACCCGCUUUGAUCCAGAUUGCCCACGACGCUGCUGUCGUCGUGCGAUUCAACUACCUCUCUGGUAAAGAACUGAGCGAGCUCUUCAUCGCUCUUCGCAUGCUAUCGGUGAGAAGUUAG